UCCCCGAUGUCUCCAGCGAUGAUUUGUACCCACUAGAAAGCCAGUCUGUCAGUUGAAGAUAUGGAUAUAUAUUUUCGCCCAUGAAGAACUUGCUAAAUGUCAUUUAUUCAAAAAAUGCCAAUGGCCUUACCCAACAUAUGGCUUUACAAUCUUUAUUGUCCUUUAUCUGAGCACCCAAAUAUCAGAUCAAAUUUCUAAGAAAGUAUAUUACAUGAACUGCUGAAGAGUUCUGCAAUGUAAUUAAAGAAAGGCAGUGUCACCCCCCCCACCUCCAAGAACAUGCAUCAGGAAAUAAAUUGGUGAAUUGGGAUCCAGUAUGACGGAGCCAGAAGAUGACCGAGCAUAUCUUGUAAGAUUGAGAGAUGAUUCUAAACAGCGGAGGACAACCUUUGCGAAGCAUUGGCCAUCCAGUAAGCCAUACAUAUCUGUAGAUGAGCUGAUACGGGAAGGAUUCUACUGUAUGGGCAGAGGAGAUGAUAGUGUCCAGUGUACAUACUGCAGGGGCAUCAUCAGGAACUGGGUCGAGGGGGAUGAUGUCUAUCUCGAGCAUUGUAGACUGUUUCCGCAGUGUCCAUUUGUGAAAUCUGUGUUCAAACAUCCUAAAUAUUGUGAUUUUGAGGUAAGACUGGCAUCAUUUACUGAUUGGCCGUCUCAACUAAAGCAGCAACCUCGGCAGAUGUCCAAAGCUGGAUUUUUUUAUAUUGGUGUAGGGGACAAGGUGCAGUGUUAUUGGUGUGGAACAGUACUGAAGGAUUGGGAGCCUACUGACGACCCUGUACUGGAACAUAUUCGUUGGUCUGCAACCUGUAGUUGGAUGGUCAUUCUAAAGGGAGAAAAAGUCAUACAAGAAAUCAUCAAUUCCCAGUCUUCUGAAAACCUGACUGUAAGACAACCUCAAGAGGACGAUCCAUUAGACCGUGCACGACAGAUGGGCUAUCAACCAGACAAGAUACAGAAGGCUGUUGAGAAACUAGGACCCCAGUUUGACCUUCAGUCAUUGCUCAAAACAAUAAUGGACCUUGACAAUGUUCCGGUCGUUAUUCCACAAGAACCACAUGGACCAGAUCUUACUCCACCAGAACAUGCAGGAGUGUCCUCCCCUUCUCUGGUACCUAGUGAUCCUAUGCAAGCAUCUGGUGCUCAGACUGCCAUCCCCCAUGACACUUCAAUGGAAGAUUUAAAACUACAUUCUCUGACGAAGGAACACUUUAGUCUGAAGCUGCGUUCCCAGUGUAAGAUCUGUAUGGAGGAAGAUGUGUGUGUAGUAUUUUUACCUUGUGGCCAUUUGGUCUGCUGUUUUUCAUGUGCAUCUCUCCUGUAUGAAUGCCCAAUCUGUCGAGGUGCAAUUGAAGACAAAGUACGGAUUUAUUGGUAGAUAACAAGUACAGUCAGAUCUUAUACAUUGAGUUCUAGUAUGGGUGUACAUAUUGUGUACACUUCUUUCUGUUGAUGAUAUUAUGGCCCUACCACAUAGUGGCCGACACCCAAUAGUGAAUGUCUGUCUGUGCACCAGUGCAUCUGUCCAAAACAUCAGUAUUCGUGUCUGUUUCAUAACUUUGUAACUAGUCUUAGUAGAGGGAUGGAACUUAGCAUGCUUGUUAACAAGUAUGUGAUAGUGAGUCACACACUUAAUUUGUUCUGUCCUUUAAAGGUCCCAGACUCAUGACUUCUCAUUGUACCCUAUAGGAUGAACUACAGAAAGUGGUGUCUGUUUCAUAAUUUUGCAGUCGGUUAAGUCUUGUCCUUACCAGACAUGCUUGUAUGGUAAAUUUAUUACUGCCACGAUCACUAGCUGUUGUCAUUGCCCAUCAUCAGUGUUGGUCCACUUUGUUAAUCUGUAAUUCCCUCAAAAUUGCUUGACAGAUUUCAACAAACUUUCACGGUUUUUAGUCCCCAACCAGUGAAACCAGGGGGACGUUAGGUUUCCUUUCCGUCCGCAUAUUAUAUAUAUGUAUGUAUGUAACACCAAAGUUUUCAGUACUCAAGCAGCUUCAUUCCUUAAGGGAUUUUUGAUCACGAUUCACACAAGGAUAAAGGACUGUUAUAUCCCAGACAAGUUGAUUUUGCGGGUUUUUGGUCAAGGUCAUAUUUACUAUCUUUAGUGGAGGCCGAUAGGGGAUAAGUAUUGCUUUAGCAAUACCCAGUAUGCGUGUUUAAUCAGGGCACGGAGAUGUGCAACAGCUAGAAGGCCAGAUUCCUUAGAGAUGAUUUCCAUGUCAAUUAGUAGCAUUUAAAUAUUAUUUAAAUACAUUGUUAUAUUUCAUACAUUCCGAUAACAUCACAGUGUAUGCAGGGUAAGAGUUGUUCCUGCAAUGACUGACAUGUAGGAUCAAUUUCUUUUUUCAGCAUUUGUGUUAGUUUGUACAAAAUACAGCAAGUUACAUAUAAGACACAUGCUUUUAAUCGACCAUGGACUCUCAGCCAUUUCAGAGGACAUAUCAUAUUUUACAUGACAUACAAAUAUAUAUGGUCAAAUAGAGAUACCAUUGUUCUAAAUGAUCACAUUUAUUUUUAUUAGUACAACACCGACACUUAUGUAUCACUAGUUUUGCUGUAUAUAACCAGCAAUAGGCCUAUGCCUGGUAAUAAGAACCCCUCAUCCACAUGAUUAAAUAUGUCAGCAAAUAUCAGUAUGUAGAAGAGAGUGAUUUCUAGUUUAAUUUGCUAUUAUCAACUGUAUUUAUUACUGAGAUUUGUAUAGGGGAAGUGUAUUCUUAUAUGAUGCCAAUAAUCAUUCUUUUGUAGCAAUAACAGGAUUUUGUCCAAAUUCGGUCUGAGCAUCCUUGAGUGAGUGGGAACUACAGUGUAGUUUUGUAUAAACUGGCUCUUCAUGGGUUGGAGGAUCAGGGUUGAAAAGGAAGAUGAGAGAUACAUCCUUUAGAUGAAAACUGCUUCAAUCUUCUUUUGUUUACUGCACAAUGGAUUUUGAUGAAAUUUGGCCUAGAAGAUUAUUGGGAAAAAGGAGAUACAGUGUUAUAUAAAUGGAGGGUCAGCUGGGAGGUUGAGGGGCAGACCCCAAGGGAAAGAUAUAGGAACAUAUUUCAAAAUUUUCUCCUGUUACAGUAAAGGGAUAUUGAUCAGAUUAAAUAUCCAGGUGAGUUAUGCAGGCUAACUGGCUUCUUGUUUCAUGCUAACUGAUGGUCAAUUGGGAAUUCAAGCCAGCUAGAUUCAAACUUUCCAUACCAAAUGAGAGUUUUAACUGAUCUUGAUGAUAAAUAUAUAGAGGUCAAGAUAGCCAUUUGAAGGAGUUCUGCCCUUGUGUGAUCAAUGUAUGAUGUCUUAUGCCUAAAGUAACAUACAUUUUUAGGUCAUCUGACCCAAAGGGUCGGGAUGACCUAUAGCCAUCAUGCUCUGUCUGUCCUCGUCCGUCAUGCUCCGCCCGCCAUCCGCUGUUAGACUGUUUCUUUCAAAACCCUACUCCUCCUUAACAUCACUGUGGAUUAUUACCAAAUUUGGUGUGAAACAUCAUGGGAUGAGGGCAAUCAUAUUUUAUAUAAAUGAGGCUGAUCUAAUCCCUGGGGCCGGAGGGGCUGGGCCCCAAAAGGGGAGCUUUGGUGAAUUUUUGCUUUAAAAUCCUAUUUCUCCUUAAUAUUUGGUUGGAUUACAGACAAAUUUCGUGUGAAACAUCCUUGGGGAGGGCGAUCAUAUUUUAUAUAAAUGAAGCUGGUGUGACCCCUAGGACCUGAGGGGCGGUGCCCCAAAAGGAGAACUUUGGUGAAGUUUUGCUUUAAAACUUUACUCCAUCUUAACCCUUGAAUUCAUUACAACCAAAUUUAAUGUGAAACAUCAUUGCAGGAGGGAAAUUAUAUUUUAUAUAAAUGAGGCUAGUGUGACUAAUAGAGCCCGAUUGCUGGGGCCCGAAAAGGGGAACUUUGCUGUGAGUUUUCUUUGAAACGCUACUCCUCCAAAACUGUUCAGUGGAUUACAACCAAAUUUUGUGUGAAACAUCAUAAGAUGAUGGCAAUCAUAAUAUAUAUAAAUGAGGCUGGUGUGAUCCCUGGGGACAAAGGAGUGAGGCCCCAAAAAGGGAACUUAGCAGAAAUUUUGCAUUAAAAUGCUACCCCUACUUAAUGCCUUAAUGGAUUACAACCAAAUUUCGUUUGAAAAUUCAUAAGGGACGACAAUCAUAAUUUAUAUAAACGAGCCAGGUCCGACCCCAGGGGAAAGAAUGGCGGGGCCCCCAAAAGGAGAACUUAGGUUAAAUAUUGCUUUAAAACGCUACUCCACCUUAAUGCCUUAUUUGAUUACAACCAUAUUUAUCAUGAAACAUCAUUUGGGAAGAAAAUGUAUAUAAAUGAGGCUGGUCCGACCAAUGGGAAUAAAGGGGCGUGGCCCCAAAGUGCUUUAAGAUAUCCUUCGUUAAUCCAAAAUGGAUAAAACCAGAUUUGAUCUGAAACAUAACUGUCUGCAAACAGACAAUUUAUGGUAAUGAUGCUGGAUAAAGGGCUGUGUUCCUGCUGUAAGUGUUUGUCAGAUGAUCGUUUAGGCCCAUGGGUCUCGUUUAAUAACCUGAACAUGUGGAUCCACACUAUCCUAGGAUAAGAUUUCCUUUUAUGAUACACUGGAUAGGUGGGGAUGGAUCCACACUAUCCUAGGAUAAGAUUUCCUUUUAUGAUACACUGGACAGGUGCGGAUAGAUCCACACUAUCCUAGGAUCAGAUUUCCUUUUAUGAUACACUGGACAGGUGUAUCCGCACUCUUCCCAGGAUAAGAUUUCCUUUUUAUGAUACACUGGACAGGUGCGGAUGGAUCCACACUAUCCUAGGAUCAGAUUUCCUUUUAUGAUACACUGGACAGGUGUAUCCGCACUCUUCCCAGGAUAAGAUUUCCUUUUUAUGAUACACUGGACAGGUGCGGAUGGAUCCACACUAUCCUAGGAUAAGAUUUCCUUUUUAUGAUACACUGGACAGGUGCGGAUGGAUCCACACUAUCCUAGGAUCAGAUUUCCUUUUAUGAUACACUGGACAGGUGCGGAUAGAUCCACACUAUCCUAGGAUCAGAUUUCCUUUUAUGAUACACUGGACAGGUGCGGAUGGAUCCACACUAUCCUAGGAUCAGAUUUCCUUUUAUGAUACACUGGACAGGUGUAUCCGCACUCUUCCCAGGGUAAGAUUUCCUUUUUAUGAUACACUGGACAGGUGUGGAUGGAUCCACACUAUCCUAGGAUAAGAUUUCCUUUUAUGAUACACUGGACAGGUGCGGAUGGAUCCACACUAUCCUAGGAUCAGAUUUCCUUUUAUGAUACACUGGACAGGUGUAUCCGCACUCUUCCCAGGAUAAGAUUUCCUUUUUAUGAUACACUGGACAGGUGCGGAUGGAUCCACACUAUCCUAGGAUAAGAUUUCCUUUUUAUGAUACACUGGACAGGUGCGGAUGGAUCCACACUAUCCUAGGAUAAGAUUUCCUUUUUAUGAUACACUGGACAGGUGCGGAUGGAUCCACACUAUCCUAGGAUAAGAUUUCCUUUUUAUGAUACACUGGACAGGUGCGGAUGGAUCCACACUAUCCUAGGAUCAGAUUUUCUUUUAUGAUACACUGGACAGGUGUAUCCGCACUCUUCCCAGGAUAAGAUUUCCUUUUUAUGAUACACUGGACAGGUGCGGAUGGAUCCACACUAUCCUAGGAUAAGAUUUCCUUUUUAUGAUACACUGGACAGGUGCGGAUGGAUCCACACUAUCCUAGGAUAAGAUUUCCUUUUUAUGAUACACUGGACAGGUGCGGAUGGAUCCACACUAUCCUAGGAUAAGAUUUCCUUUUUAUGAUACACUGGACAGGUGCGGAUGGAUCCACACUAUCCUAGGAUCAGAUUUCCUUUUUAUGGUACACUGGACAGGUGUAUCCGCACUCUUCCCAGGAUAAGACUUCUUUUUCUCAUACACUGGAAAGGUGUAUCCACUUUCUUCCCGGCUUGAGGCAUCCUUUUGUCAUUGCUCUUUCAAGGAUCAGACUGACUUUUUUUUACCCUGGACAGGUGUACCCACAAGCUUCUUAGGAUGAGUUUUCCAUUUUUCUUACCCUGGACAUAUGUAUCCACACUCUUCCUGCGGUAAGACUGACUUUUUUUUUACCUUGGACAGUUGUACCCUCAAGCAUCUUUGGACGAGUUUUACAUUUUUCUUACCCUGGACAUGUGUAUCCACACUCUUCCUACGGUAAGACGUCCCUUUUCUUACCUUGGACAGGUGUACCCAUAAGCCUCCUUGGGUGAGAUUUCCUGCAUUCCUACAAUGGACAUAUGUAUUCACACUCAUCCUAAGGUGAAACUUCAUUUUCUCUUAACCUGAACAAUUUGUUCGUCACUCUUACCAGUGAGAUGCUUCUUAAUAUCACCAUAUAGUUAAAAUGAGGAAACCAGACCAAAACAAUAACAGAACAUGACGUCACCAAUACAACAGUGUCAUGAUGAUAAUUUAAUCAUAUCGCAUUAAGAAUGUCUUGUAUUAUUAAGUUUCCAAAUACUCCGCAAUCCUUGUGCUUGUCAAGUUAGAAACCGCCAUUAGGCUGACAUUUCCCUCUCUCACCCCAAAGGAGAUGAACAUUCUAUUAGUCUCUCCCUACAAUGUUAUACUAGGUAGACGUUUCUAGUCGGAAGGGACCACUGUGGCCUUGUGGUUUAGGUGUCCUGACACUUUAUCACCAGCCCUCCACCUCUGGGUUGCGAGUUCGAAACCUACGUGGGGCAGUUGCCAGGCACUGACCGUAGGCCGUUGGUUUUUCUCUGGGUACUCUGGCUUUCCUCCACCUCCAAAACCUAGCACGUCCUUAAAUUACCCUAGCUGUUAAUAGGACGUUAAACAAAAACAAACAAUUCAGACUAAUUGCAUCGUUUCAUAGAAACAACGCUGAUUUGACGGCAACAGGCAAUGAAGGAACGUAAAUCUUGCAUCAAUAAGAUCACCAGGA